AUCUGGCCCCGAGCUCCUUUCCACCAACCUUGCUGCGACAACCUCAACCAUGGCUAGCAGUAUUCCGGCAGCGUUACGAUCCGCUGAUAUUGGGCGCUUUGCCAUCAGGGCAGCGCAAAUUGAGAAGGCAAAGCCCGUGGUCGCCUACUGGUGCAAUUAUCAUAUUGUGAACCAGAUAAUCGAGAGAGGGCUUCACAACUCCGACGAGGAAAUCAAAGCCUACACGAUCAAUCUCGUUGAUAAGCUUGAGCAAUUCAAAAGCGAGAACUCUGAGAAUGAGGCAGUUACAGAUAAUGAUGCGGCAAGUGCUUAUGUGGAGCAAUUUGGACUGGAGGUUUUCAAUCGCGCCGAGGCUGCUAUGACUGCCAAUAAAGUCACAAAGCAAACCGCCGAUACGUUCCAAGCAGCAGCUAUCUUCCUCGAACUAUGUCAAAUUUGGGGGGAGCUGGACUCGGAGAUUGCAGGGAGGAUCAAGUUUGCGAAAUACCAUGCGAUUCGAAUCGUGAAGGCCUUCAAGGCGGGAGAGGAUCCCAAUGCAACCAACCCUGCGCCAAAGGAAGAGGAAGAAGUCGUAGCACCAACCGAUCCAGAAGUGCAAGCUUUUGAUGAGUCAGUGGCAGAACAGGCCUCGAAGCCACGACAAGCGUCCGUCGAAGAAGUCCCAGACGAAGCUGAUCGUCUCGGCCGCCAAUUGGCCCAUCAAUCUACCUUGGACGAGUCGCUGCAUCCAUCCCGGACGUCUUCAAUGCCGCCACGAGCUCCUGCUGCCCCGGAAUUUGAGAUCCCCUCUGUACCCAGCAACCCACCCGGUACCCCGGGAAGAGCAAGAGAUAUUGACUUGCCGAACGCUGGUGGUGGACUGGACCUCCCAUCCACACCUGGAACCAUUGGUGGCAGAACUGGCGGCCCGGCUCCCAUCAUAGAUCUCCCGGAUACGCCAGGAUCUUCGGAUCUGCAUUCUUCUCACGCACCGCAUCACCCUAACACCUUCCAGUCCUUCCCUCCCCCAUCUGCGACAAGCCCAACAAUCGAGGCCCCAAAUCCAGCUUCAUUCUACGAUCCAUCAACUGCCAGUGCCCAUAUUCCUCCCCCAGCAGCAUCUUCUUCGGUACCAGCUCCAGCUGCCCGUAUUCCUGUUGCGCCAGCUCCUGCAGCCCCAAGUCAGCCAUCGCACUCGGUGGAUGAUCAUAAUAUCUCACUAGCACAGAAGCAUGCUCGCUGGGCAGUCUCAGCUUUGACAUUUGACGAUGUGGAUACGGCGAUCAAAGAGCUGAAGAACGCAUUAAGGCUCUUAGGUUCAGAAUGAGGUUGUGCACUGUACGAUUGAACAGUCUAAUAAUUUGUGGCGGUGUUGAAAUAUCUUUCAUAGCAUGCCUAUAUUCCGCGUUCUUUCUUAUUCUCCACAUAUCGACU